CACAUGUUUUGACAAUCAAUUGAUUUAAUUGUAAUUAAGUGUCAUUUUUGUAGACAAUUGACGACAAAUUGAAUAUAAAUGUCGGAACCGCUGUUCAAGAGUGGCGUUACCGGCGAUGAAGACGCCGAAGACUCCAACGAGCUGAUCUACUCGUUGGACACCUUCGCCGAAGACAGCGUCCAGUGUAUGGCAUUGAUUGGCGAGUUGUCCACAAUCGGUGACAAUCAAAGCAGUGGCGAUGAUAACAAAGUGGAGCGCAUUUGCGAGCGAUUUGAUUAUCUCAUUAGCAAAUGGCAGACAAACCCCAAACUCAUUGAAUCNGUUGUCCACAAUCGGUGA